AUUUUUAAUUUGCCCUUGAAAAUGUCAUUCAGUUUGAUUAUUUCCCUUCUUUCAGUUAUUGGCAGAGGAGGAGAGCAGAUUACAAAAAUUCAGCUGGAGUCCGGCUGCAAGAUCCAGAUUGCCUCAGACAGCGGCGGCCUGUUGGAGAGGCCCUGUACUCUGACCGGCACCCCGGAGAGCAUCGAGCAGGCCAAGAGGCUGCUGGGUCAGAUCGUGGAGCGCUGUCGCAAUGGACCGUGCUUCCACGGCGAGAUGGAGGGCAACAGCGCCAUCCAGGAGAUCCUCAUCCCAGCCAGCAAAGUGGGCCUGGUCAUUGGCAAGGGUGGAGACACCAUCAAACAGCUGCAGGAAAGGACAGGAGUGAAGAUGAACAUGAUCCAGGAUGGACCCAUGCCGACGGGCGCAGACAAGCCCCUGCGCAUCACGGGGGAUGCGUACAAGGUGCAGCAAGCUCGAGAGUUGGUGCUGGACAUCAUCCGGGAAAAGGACCAGGGAGACUUCCGAUUAGGAAGGAAUGACUUCGCAUCUCGGCUGGGAACAAGCAGCUUGGACGUGUCUGUGCCGAGGUUUGCAGUUGGAAUAGUCAUCGGCAGGAACGGCGAGAUGAUCAAAAAGAUCCAGAACGACGCUGGUGUGAGAAUCCAGUUCAAACCAGAUGACGGCAUCAGCCCGGAACGCGUGGCGCAGGUGAUGGGCCACCCCGAGCGCUGCCAGCACGCACUGCACCUCAUCAACGAGCUGGUCCACACUGCGCAGGUACGGCCCGCGUACCUCCUGCCUUUUCUAUGGAACCACUCACUGACACUGCGACAUAUAUGCUAUGGGGGGGGGGGGAUGGUGCUCCUCUGCCCCCAUUGCACAGUUGGAGCUGGUUCCUUUCCAUAUCCAACUCCUGGGCCCUGA